AAUGUACUUCAUUGAAGAACGCAUCAUAAAGUGCCAAAUUCUAAUAAUGAAAAUUUAGUAGAGUAAUAAUUUAUGCAAAUACUAAGAUGUAACAGGCUUGAGAGUCAUGUAUAAGUGUGUGUGUGUAAAAGGCCAAGACAGUUUGCGUACAUACAAUCUUCAGCUAACACACUCAUGCUGUAUGUGUCUCCAUUGUGUUAGGUGACUAAAAGCAGAACAGAGAAGGCAAACUAAAGUCACACAACAAGGCCUCGGCCCGCUCAGCUGCUCUGUGAUCAGCAGAUUUGGUGUGACCGCUCAGAGAUCUGCUGGGAAGGGGAGUGUUGUUAAGUCACUGAACAGCAACAAAGCACACACACAGCACAGCUCACAGUCUCCUGAGCGGUGACUCAUGUUGGCAUGUUGGGUGUUGUUGGAGGCUUCCUGACCCCUCAGAGUGGCCAGAAGCAGGGAGGCUGACGAAGGUGAUCGGGUGAAGAAAGUGCAAGAAAGAUCCUGAGCAGUCAUGCUUAUCAGACAUGUUACCAGCAGAACAUUUGUCCGUGGAUGGAAGGGAGAAACAGAGCAACCAGGCACCAGUGCUUCAAGGUAGUACAUCUUUAAAAUCAGCCCAGGAAAUCCUUUCUGCGUCUGACCCUGUGAACAGAGGAAAUACCAUCAAUACAGACCUCAUCAGCACCCAGCCUCAGCCUGCUGCAGCUCUACCGGCAGCAGAGGCCUCACAGGAGGCAGCAGUGCUGAAGAAGCCUCUGGGUCACCUCCAGAAGCCCACCUGCCCACAAUGCGGCCUCACAGUUCCAGACCACAGAUUCCCUCCUCUCUCUCCGAGCCUCAGCCGGCUGCAGGGCUCCAAGCUGUCGGUGCACAGCGGCAGCAGCAGAAGGAGCAGGAGGAGCGGCAGCAGUGUGCCUGGAUCACACCAAACUGCUGCUACACCUGCCGACUCGUGUUUUCACCUGCUGCUGGCGUGUCUGUCCUGUCAGUGCUCGGUGCUGCUCCUGGGCCUGCUGGAGGCCUGCUCCUGCUGCCUUUACGCCGUCUGCUCGUCCUGCUGCGACGCCUGCGCUCGCUGCUGUUCGGCCAUCCGGGAGGCGCCGGUGGAGGAGCUAAACUGCGACGCACACUGCCACUCGGUUCUGUUCGAGUCCUGCUGCGAGCCAACCGAAUGCCUCGAGUUUUGUCUGGAGUGCUGCGAGAUCUGCCAUCGCAGCUAGGACGUUCUCAAGACAAACGUCGAGACUCAACAUAUACAUUAAAACUAACGUAGAAGUCCUACAGUGAUGUCACACGAAACCAAGAAUCAUCUCAUACACGUGGCCCUCAACAGAACAAUCUGUCAUUCUUUGGGAUGAGUAAUAUGAUACAUUAGUUUUAUUGCAGCCCAUAUGACUGAAGGGAGAUCUGAUGUUGGUGCUACACAUUCAUCUUAUUUGAAGGGAAAUAUUCCUUAUAUGUCAGACCAAGUACAUCGACAAUAGUUCAACUGGAAGUAAAUUUUACAUUUUCACAUUUUUUCCAAUGUGAAAAAUCCUUGUAGCCAAAUUGACAGUUUUUUGGUCACUCAUUCUUACCAUUUACUUUGGCAGACAUGACGUCAGCAGAGAAAUCAACCAUGACGACUCAUAUGUAGGAACCUUUUCAGUCCGCCAAGGAACAUGGCAGUUAUGUGGCGAUCGGUGUACGUUUGUCUGUCUGUGUGCAACAUUACUCAAAAACAGACCAACGGAUUUCGAUGAAAUUUUCAGGGAAGGUCAGAAAUGACACAAGGACCAAUUGAUUAGAUGUUGGCAGUGAUGCGGCUUAUAGUCUGGAUCCACGGACUUGUUAAAAUUUUCUGUAUCAUUGCGAGAUCGCGGCACAGUGUCACUGUAACUAUGACAAGUGAACACUAUGUCUGCUGCCUGCUGGUGAUCACAUGAUUGCGAUCCUACUACAAAUCCACCGCUGUGGACUUAUCGAGACUUAUUCAUUUGAAAUCAUACAAUGAUUGAGCAGCACUGGUGGAAUACUGCGCUCUCCGAGUGCUUUUCUUCGCAGUUGAUGAAAAAAAUAAAAAUCUGGAUCGGUUGUUCCAAAUUAUACUUUUUGUAACGACUGACAAUAAAUGACAUUAAGGUUAGGACAUAACUCUAGUUCUAUGAGUAUGUCUACCUCCGGCCAUCGCUUGCCCCUGGUUUCCCUGCUUCCAGUUUUCAUUCAGUUUUAGUUUUUCAGUUAGUUCUCUGCUACAAAGAAGAGACAUGAAUUUCCCACAACUACUUUGUCAUCUAUGAACGCAACAACCAUGCUGACAACAGAAAAGAAUAGAUGCAUUAUUUAUCUCCUCUCUGAUUUCUUGGAAAAUAGAUUCCAAAACCUUUUGAAAUAUUAAAACAAAUUUGUCAAGGUCA